UUCCUCCCAUCGCCUUAACAGGUGUCUAGUCAUGCCUCCAGACCCUGUGUCUGGACCAAGAAGUGUGGAAGGAAGCACUCACUGGGAAAAAAUGACCAGGACCCAGCAAGGAAAGACCUUCCUCUCCCACCAUUUCCAUCACUCACUCCCCCGGCGGCUGGGCUGGGGUAUGAUUUUCUCCUAUUUAAAACCAAGAAACAUGGAGGAGUGUGCCUCCAUUUCCAGUGUGCCUCCAGUCUUCCACUUCAGCCCAAAGCACCGUGCACGCAUUAAGGACCAAUAUUUGAAAAAGGCUGCCACAAACCUUACCUUCUCUAAGGAGGUGAUAUGGCAGCGAGGGUUGCCCAGCAUUCCUUACAGCCAGUAUAGCUUUGACCAUCUCUACAAUGCAGACAACAUCAUCCAGCCUCCCCAGAUCAGGAGGGCCCGACAUGAGAAACCCAUCAGCUUCACGUUCUUAAAUUCUGCAGGUCCCUCAGCAAGGGUCACUUCCAAGGCUGUGAAGACAGAAAGCUUGGCCAGUCUUAAGAAGCAGCUGAAGAAAUCAAAGCCAGCAGCAAGUGAACUCCAGGAAACACCUCACCUUCUCACCCACCAUCCCCACAGGGACCCAGACAUGCUGGAUCGGUCACUUUCUCCAGAUGUGAACCUGGAGACGGAGGCCUGGCUUCCACCUCUGGAGAAGGAGACCAGAGCCUGGGAAGCCAUCGUGCUAAAAAAGCUAAACAAGUGCACUGCCCAAUGGAUCCAGAACAAGCGUCCUCUAAGGCCUGGGGUAUCCCCCAACAAGUGGCAGAGCUUCCUGUGCCAGCAAUACGACUGGAGCCACAUCCAGGAUGAGUUCACUUCCACUAGUGACCUGGAGCUUUGGAAACAGCUGGAAGCAGAAGAGACAGUGGAACUUGAGGAUCAAAGUCUCAUCCUGCCCACCAGGGAAAAAAGGAAGCCAGAGCUGCUGCUUCCUGGUUAUUAUAGAUUGCCCAAUCACUUGCCACAAAUGCAGACAUGUGAAACUAUGCCUGACAAUAAAACCACUGUGGAUAUCAAUGAAAAGAGGAGUAUCUGCCAGCCCCCGAACCAGAGCUACUUCCAACAGGUGAAUCUCCGAGCUGGAAAGUUUGCUUACUCCACAGACAACACCUUUGAACAGGAGAUUUACUUUGAUAAAGUUCAGGUCAUCCACCAGACUGGUGCAAAGAGAGACCAAAUUCUCCUGGAAAACCUCAAUCAGUAUAGCAAGCAGCUAUCUAAGGUCUUUCCUGAAACCCCAGAAAGGUGGACUUCCCAGCCAUUUCCGGAAGCAUCUUGUCGGCCUGUGAAAGGAUUCCUGCGCUGGACUGCUUUGCCCACCCCAGCCAAGGAUCUGCCACUGCAGGUGGGUGAGGAGGACGUGCUCAUAAAGACCAAGAAACCAAAGAGGCAGGUGGAAUCACUAGAGGAGGAUGUGGCUUGGGAACUGGUGGCCCUGCGGAAGAUGCUGAAGGAGUGGAAAACCGCCUGGGCUCUACUCAUUGAGUGGCACCAUAAGACAGUAGAGGACCUGCUGCGGGGCUUGGUGGACAUGCACAAUGACAUUCGGAUCCAAGCCAUCAUCACAUGUGCCACAGCUGCUUUAGAAUGGCCCCAGAUGGCUAUCAGCCAGGCAGACUCAGACAAGGAGACUGGGAAAGCCCCAUCUCUCCAGGACUUGCCAGAGGUUCUGCAGCCUGCCCUGGAGGCUGCUCUUUGUGACAAAAGUGCCAGGGUGCGGAUGGCAGCAGCGGUAUGUCAGUAUGCCAUACGGUCACAUAAUCCCCUUGCCCGGGACAUCAUGCAGACUGCCCUUUUGAAGGGUAAUAGUGUGGACAGCUGGGCUGCAGCUCAGUGCUUGGCUCUGGAAGGUGCUGCCACUUACCCCGUGAUUAAGAGGAUCCUCCAUCAGCUAUUUAACAAGAAGAAUGAGGACACUGAGCAGCAGUCUUGUACACUCCUGAGCCAUCUCAGUGGGAAGACAACCCUGAUACACACCAUGCUUGCUGUGGAGCUGAAUAGUUAUCAAUGGAAGGACCGGAUUGUGGCCUGCCGUACUCUCUCCCAGAUCAGUGGAAACAUCAGUUUGGAUAUGAAAGGUAAGCUGAUCCAGCUGAUGUUGAGUGACUGGAGUAAGGAAGUGAGGACAGCAGCCGCCCAAGCUCUGGGGCAAAUGAGCCUCGGGAAAGAGGUGCAUGACACAAUCAGAGUCAGGUUGGGUCAUGGAAAUUGCCAGGAGCGUGUGGAAGCCCUCUCCCUGAUUGGUGGGCUCAAGCUCAUGACCGCCAAGCUUCUCCCAAGCUUCCUGAACUGCUUCUCUGAUGACUUCAUGGCAGUUCGGCAGGCAGCCUGUUUGGCAGCAGGUGCCCUGCAAAUCCGUAAUAAGAUGGUCCUUGAAUGCCUUCUGAAUCUGAUACAAAGAGAGCCAUACUGGAAAAUCAAGGCUUGUGCCAUUCAAGCUUUGGGACAGAUUGGCCUAGUGAGUCCCCAGCUGACAGACCACCUGCUCUGGGCUAUCCACUUUGAAAAGUCACCAGGGGUACGAAUGGAAGCUUGCCGUAGCAUCCUUGCCCUCAAACUUCAAGGGGACCGAGUCAGGGACACCUUUCUAGACGUGCUGCUCCUAGAGAACCAUGAUGCUGUUCUAGAGGAAAUUCACCAGGCAAUGAAGAUACUCCACCUAGAAUAUGAAGGAAACCAAGAAAUGCUUCAGAAGAUCAAGAACAGGAUUCAAACACUAAGCCAAAAGGACUUGAUGACACAGAAAAUAUUCAAGAUUGAGAAGGGCAUAAGAAAAGUGAAGGAGGAAGCAAAACGUGUUUACCUGCAACCCAAAGAGGGGCAAAAACCAUUGAAACUCCAUACUUUUCUCCAAGAAACUUUUCAGGAUGAAGUGGUGCUUCCUAGAAGAUCAUCUGAGAUUUGUGACACUGAAGCAGUCAUAAAGCCUGUGAAGCCUCGUACACCAAAUCCCUGGUCACAGAGUCCAGUCCUGGGCCUAAAUGCAAGAAGCAGAGGUCGCUCACCACUUGUCAAAGAUCUACGCACCGUCCAGGAAAAAUGGAUUGCAAUGGGGCCAUUUGGAUCUGACAGCCCAGAUCUCUAGCUGGGUAAAUA